CUGCCUCGGCCCGCGAAGAGACGCUGGCGGCCCCGCGGCCGCGCUCGGCGGUGCCUUCCCGAGCCAGGACGGAGCCCUCCGGCUGCCCUCGAGGCCGCGCGUGGCGGCGGCGGCACGGCGGUGUCCAGGGCCACGCCGCAGGGGCGGCACCAGGAUGCCGCGCCACGCGCGAGGUCGGGGCAGCCCGCGGAGUUCGAGGAGGCGCGCCCAGACGGCGUCGGCCACGCCGGCGGAGGCAGGCGGCGCGCGAGCGCGCCCUUCGUGUCCGUCGCCCUCCGUGUGAGGCCUGCGCCCGCCACCGCCUCGGGGGACAUUUCCGUCUGGGCGAAGCCUCCGGAAGAGGGCGGCGCGCGCCAGAGGAUGCUGUGCUGCAGCCGCGGCUACGUGGUAGAGGAGUACGAGUUCUCCAGGGUGUUCGGCCCCGCCGACGACAACCGGGCGCUGUUCCACGACAUGCAGGGCCCCGCGCUGACCUCCAGCGUGUUCGGCGGCGUGAACGAGACGCUCUUCGCUUACGGCCAGACGGGAAGCGGCAAGACGCACACGAUUUUCGGCUCGGGGGAAGAGGCGGGACUCUUGGGGCUCUUCGUGGACGCCUUCUUCCAGCAAGCGGAGGCUUUCCCGGGCAGCAGCAUCCACGUUUGUUGCUACGAAGUGUUCGGCGACACGUUGACCGACCUGGUCAACCCGCGGCGGCCCAUCGAGCAGGGGAACUUGCAUAGCGACGACGUUGUCACCGACGAGGUCUUCGUGAAGACACGCCUGUGCCAGUACCAGAUCGUGCGCGUCUCCCGCGUCGAGACUUGUCUCGACCUUCUCCACGAGGCGCGCGCGAACCGUGCCAAGGGCGUCUCCUCGUGCAACUCGAGCUCGUCCAGGUCCCACGCCGUGGUACACCUCUUCGUGCAGAAUCCCACCGUCGGGGCUCCGCGGCACCAUGAUUCAGAAGGCGGCCGGCAGAGCACCAUCGGCGCACUCACGCUCGUAGAUUUGGCAGGGACGGAGAGGGAGCACGAUAACCCCUCCGACCAGGGCAAGAAGUCGGCGCGGCUUCUGAACACGUCGCUGUCGUCCUUGAACCGGCUGCUCCGGAAGCUGCAGACGAACAGCUUGGACGAAUCAGAGCGCAGGCAGAGCGUUCUGAACAAGUGCCUGUGGGAGUACUUGAGGCCGGGCUGCGGGAUAGCGAUGGUAUUCUGCGUCAGCCCGCUGGCGAAGCACCGCUCCACCACGCUGUCCACCCUGGCCAUGGCCACGGAUUCCAAGCUGAUACGCAGCCAGCGGAAGUCCCACUACGUCCAGAUCCCGGACAAGAGCCAGCCCUCAGGCACCUGCCCGAAUGUGCAGUGCAUUCCGGUUCAGUCUCCGCGCGCGGCGCCCUCGCCGCUGGCGCCUCGGGGCCCCGAGGGGCCGCCGCCGCGGAGCGGCCCGCGGGGCACGCCCGGCCGGCCAGCGAGCAGCGGGGCCUCGGCGGCCGGCGGGCGCGGGCCGGAGCGCGGCGCCUCGAGGCGCUCGCGGGCAGGCGAGGAUGAGCUGGUGCAGUCUUGGCCCGCCGGAGAGCUGGAGACGCCGACGGGGCUCGACCUGGGCUGCCCGCAGACGGUGCGCAGCCUGUCGCUGCAGAUCACGGAGCUGCGGCGCAGGCUGCGCCGUGCCAGAGCCAGGAGCGCGGAUCGCGACGGGCGCGCAGAGCGGGACCGCGAGCAGCUUGGCGCCGACCUCGACGCGGCACGGCGCGAGUGCGAGACGCUGCGCGCGCUGUUUAUCCGCCAGCAGCAGCAGCAGCAGACCGCCUUUUGGACGGGCCCCUUCCUGGACCUGCUCGCGCCGAGGGACGCCGCGCUGGCCGCUGGGGAGCUGCCGCCUCGGCCGCGGCCCCCGCAGGCAGCGGCGGAGGCCGUGCGCAGCCCGGUCCUCGUGUGGGCGCCGAGGGGCCGCGCGUGCGGGGGCAGCCCCGCCGGGGCGACCUCCGCGCACCCCCCAGCCGCGCGGCCGCCAGGGAGCGGCGGCGGCGCCGCCGCCCUGCCGCCGCCAGCGCCCGCGACGGACCCCCCGCCGCACGUGCCGCCGAAGGCGGCGCGUCUGCGGGGCGCGGGCGCGCCGCCGGCGCCCAUGCUCGGCACCGAGGGCGGCGGGAGCACCUGCCUCGACGCCAUCCUGCUGGAGCGCGACUACUGGCGCGCCGUCGCCAGCGGCCUGCAGAGGGGCACGCAGGGCGAGUCCCAGAGGUGCAGCGAGAGGAGCUCCGGCAAGGCGCCCGGCUUGUGGGACUGCGGGGGGAGCAGCACCUCCCAGACGCUGCAGGAGACCGUCGGCGAUCCUUCGCCGACGGCAUGGUCUGACACCGGAAGCGAGCUGAGCCUGAGGUCUUCUGCGGCAGAGGCCUGAGGUUCGCACGGGCGGGGCGUUCUCCCUGCUGGAGCCACGGGCUGGGGUCGGACUUGUGAAGCAGAGUGUCGUGCGUAGGUUGUCCUGCAACCGUCCUGCAAUGUGUGCCCCCUCCCCGCUUCAGGCAGCCUCAGGACACGGGUAACUCGGUCCAGGGGCUACCAGAGCGCUCCUUCUUCAUGGUGGGCGCGGCAACCGAUACGGGCUUAGAGGCCUGGAGUUCUUCGGAUCCGAUUUGCGCGUCUCACGUCUCGUGCCCUCGUCUCAUCGCUUCCUCCUCCUUCCCUCUUUGGGGGAGGCGGCGCGGACCCCGCUGCGCUGCGGCCCGUGAGAGGCGCCGCGCGCACCCCGAAUUGUCUGGCCAGGCCGGACCUCGCGCGCGAUCGGGUGGCCUCGUGGGGCGACGGGAGGCCCGGGAAGCGAGGGGGGAGCAGUGCUGUGAGGAAGUGGCGCGCCCCCCCACCAUCGGAGGUGGACAGAACCCCCAACAGUGACACGUCGAUUAGUGAAUUGUCCGUUUUCGGUUCUCGAGAGGGCGCCGC